AUGUCUCACAAUGGAACCUUACUCACGCUCAACACGGGCGCAAAAAUUCCAGCCAUUGGCUUUGGUACCUGGCAGGAUAAGGAUGCCCAGGAACCAGCCGUCACACACGCGCUUAAGGCCGGCUACCGCCACAUCGACACAGCCCGCAUCUACGGCACCGAGCCCGCAGUCGGCAAUGCGAUCAAGAAGUCUGGCAUUGCUCGUGACCAAAUCUUCCUAACGACCAAGCUCUGGAACAACUCGCAUCACCCCGACGAUGUGGAGGCGGCCCUCGAUGCCUCGCUCAAAGAUCUUGGCACCGACUACGUCGACCUGUACCUAAUGCACUGGCCAUCCCCGUUCGCGCGCGGCUCGGAGGUGUUCCCAAAGGACGAGAACGGCAAGACCAAGACCGGCGAUACGGACUACGUUGAUACGUACAAGGCGAUGGAGAAGUGCUUCAAGUCGGGCAAGGCGCUCGCAAUCGGCGUGUCCAAUUUCAGCCGUGCUGAGCUUGAGCGCCUGGUCAAGGAAUCAAGUGUGGUCCCCGCCGCGCACCAGAUCGAGUGCCACCCGUACCUGCAGCAACGCGACUUCACAGCGUGGCACAAGCAGCAAGGCAUCCAUGUGACCCAUUAUUCGCCAUUUGGCAACCAGAACGAGAUCUACGACGCCGGCAAGGGGAUUGGGAAGCUGAUGGAUGAUCCCGUGCUCGUCGAGAUUGGCAAGAAGCACAGCAAGAGCGGUGCGCAUGUAGCGCUCGCAUGGGGCAUUGCGCAGGGGCAUAGUGUGAUUCCCAAGUCGAAGACGGAGAGCAGGAUUGUACACAAUCUGGAGGGCGACUUCAAGUUGCCGAAGGACGAUAUUGAAAAAAUUGCCAGCAUUGACAAAAAGAUGCGGUUCAAUGAUCCGUCGAAGAACUUUGGGUGGGACUUCUACAAGGAUCUUGACGGCAAGAGAAACUAA